AAAAAAAUUAGAGGAUGUUAAAGAAGAUGUUAAAAUGUAUUUUAUCGAUUUGCGCUUUAAAUUCGAGUCUUUGAUUUUUGAGGACGACUACUUACUGAAAUCGCUAAACACUGUUACAAAAUAUAACGAAUCAGAAUUUUCAAUUGUCGAAGAAUUCUGUGGAUUUUUAUUGAACUUGGAAAAAAGCAGAUCUCAACAAUUCAAAGAGUUGCUAAAAGACACAAAAUUGAAGGCAAUAGAAGUUGCCCAUGAGCUACCAUUUGCUUUAGACGAAAUGUUUGAAUUGGAAAUUACGGCUCUCAAUCAAAUAACAAUGAGUAAUUAUCGGAGUUAUGCGGAACUGGAAAAGGAUCUAAAAUUGAGGGUUAAAAAUGAUUUGCGAGAAUGGACAAAUGAAAUAAUGGAAAUAAAAGAACAAGUCAAAGACCGCUUGAGAUCGCUAGCUAAAAAAUCCACAAUAUUGGCUGGCGAUUUAAUCAGAACAGAAUCAAGAAAUUCAAAAUCUUUAGCUCUCUCCAGCGAAAUAAGUAGAUUCAAUUCCUUAAAAUCAGUUUUCAAUUAUACGUAUUUUGGAGAAGAAAACGUUCCAGUAUCACCGCAAGAAGUGGAAUGUUGGCUCAAUGAUGUACAAAGAACAUUGGCUUCGUUAGACCAAUCAGCCAAAAAUAUCGUAACCCUCUAUAAAUCAAUUAUAACAGUAUUGUUUCAUCGAUUUUUGGACGAGUUAGACGACAUUAAGAAUACGAUGCAACGAUCUGGAAUGUGCCAUAAAAAGGAAAUUGAGGAUUUUAAAUGUGAAAUAUACACCCCCACAGUAGAUCAACUUAAUAUCGAGUAUCUUUCCGAACUUGAAGAUUUGCAGGUAUGAAAACCAAUGUUCAAAUGAAAUGAACGUAGUCCAAAAGUACAAAACUAUGAUGGACAUAGAAACGGACGUCCUCAUGAGUGAAAUUAAACGAUUUCUCGUUGUACAUCCUCCAGAUUCAG